AUGUCCGAUGAGACUCGUCGUUUAGCCUCUUCUUUGUCUUCUUCUUCGUCGUCGUCUUCUUCGUCUUCUUACGACGACGAAAACAACAAUAACAAGAAAGAAGAAAAGAGCGCGAUGAUGAAGAUGAAGGAGUCGACCAACUUUGAACGACGACUGAGAGAGACGCAGAAAACUUUGGUGAAAGAACGCAGGCAGCGAGAAAUCACCGAGGCGGUGUUGGAAGAAACGACGAGAGCGUUGGACAGCGUGAGACGAGCGUCGAUCGUUUUAGCCGCAGGAGCGGCGAGUUUUAAGACGACGAAUAAUGGUGGAAAUGGCUCCAACACCAAUGUUCAGCCCGCGUCUGCAUCAUCGAGUGUUAAAUUUAUGACCGUCGGACGAACGUUAAAAAUCCUCUCGAACGGAGGUAAAGGCGCGGAAGAGACGAUUGAGGAUUUACUGAGCGAAAUCGAACGGUUGAGGAACGAGUUGGAGACGACGUCGCUGAAAUACGACGAGCAAGACGCGGAAUUAGCGGCGACGAAACAACAACUUCGAGCGAAAGAGGCGUAUAUUAAAGAUCGAAGACAAAACGUGGUGGAGCUGAAAAUGGACAUACGAGAGGUGACGAGUGACGAGCAAAUUGAGUUCAUAGAUAAGACGAGAGAAGUGUUGAAGGCGGCGGUGCAUUCGAGUUUGCAGAUUGAACAGCUCAAGAAAAUGGAUCGCAAAAGGACGCAAGCGCUGGCGAAACUGGUCGAACACAUGCAGAUGCAACGAGACGCUUUACAGUUGAAGUUGAACGAUUUAGGAUUUAAGGACACGUCGGAAGAUGACGCCAUACACGAGGCUAUGAUUGCGAAAAAGUUUCACAACGCGAACGAUGGUGGGAAAGAAGAGCCGGUGAAAACGCCGAGCGGAAAAACUUUUUACGUCACGCGAAUAAAAAGCUCCUUAUACGAACGCCUGUUUGGAAUUCAUAUUUAA